AUGAAAAUGGAAAAAACACAACUCCCGUUUUUUGUGCUUAAAGCGCUCUUGUCAUGUUAUUUUCUUAUUUUUGUGCUUACAUUACCCUUAAUCAUCCCACCUUCACGUCAAAUUGGAAUUAAAAAAAAUAAACACUACGACUUAUGCAAUAGUGCACGGAAAAUUAAUUCCCCUUUUUAUGAGAAAAGACAAUUUACAACAUCUCCAUUUUUAUAUCCAUUAAGAAGAAAAAAAAAUCCAUUUUCGUCCAUAAGCACAGCAAUUCUUAGUAACCCUUCAUUUGACGUAAAUGCACAAGACAAAUGGAAAAGUAAUAUAAUUAUUAUAAAUUCUGGUAGAAGCAAGGAAAACCGAGAAAAAAAUUUAAUCUGUGCAAAUGAGUCUACAUGUAAGAAAAAGGAUCGACAUCAAGUUGAAUUAAAUCCAUGUUAUGAUAAAAAAGAGACUAAUCUAUCCAAGGAGUGCAAGAAAAAUUACACAUCUGAUACCGUUUUGGAUUCCAAACUUUCGCCAAGGUGUGCCAAUCACUUGGAUCAGAGUAAUCAACCCAAUCAUCACAGUUUUAAUUACCAUUCGAGGUACGGUGAGAAUCAUCACACGGGACCUGAUUCGCUUUGGAUGAAUGAUAGAAUCACUUCCAAUGAGACUAACCGUUUGAAGAAUCUAAUUGAUUCGGAUCCACGAGUUCAAGAAGAACAAAAACCUCAAAACAACAUUGUGAGUGGAAUUAUUAGCAAAUUUUGGCCAUUUGGAGAAGGGGAAAAGAAAAUACAAAAGGAAGAUCGAAAAAAUAUGAUCAUUAAGAAUGGACAUGAAGGAAAUGAAUCUCCAGAUCCAGAUAAAGAGAAAAAACCUAAUGAGGAAAACUAUCAUAAAAAAAAGUCAUGGGUUGAAACGGAACGUCCCAAUAGAGGAUCUGAUUAUGAUAAGGAAACGAAUUUUUUGCUAAAAGCAUUGGAAAGUGGUAAAUUUCCAUCAUAUUGUCUUGUUGAAAAUAUAGAUGAGAAUAUAGACAACUUUGAGAUAUAUAUGAGUAAAGAAAAAAUGGAUGAACUUAACAUAAGUGAAGGAUUUACCGUUUUGUUAAAAGGAAAGAAAAAAAAAGAAAUGCUUGGAAUAGCAAAAUUAGACAAAAGUUUAAAAAAACAUUUCGUUAUAAUCUCCUUUUCAAUGAAAAAGAAUUUAAGACUUAUGCAUAAUGAUAUUAUUAAGAUAUACCCACUCAUGAAGGUAAACGAAAUAAGAAACGUUGUGCUAAGUCCAUUUAAUGAUACAGUUGGAAGUUUAAGCAGAAAUGACCUAAAAAAUGAAGUUAUAAAUCCAUAUUUAAAAAAUAGCUAUAAACCAUUAUGUGUGAAUUCUAAUAUAUACAUACCAUAUAAGGGAAAAAAAGUUGAAUUUAAAGUGAUGAAAAUAUUUAAUGAACAAUGUGAAGAAAAUGAUGCAUGUGAACAUCAGUAUGGAUACUUAGGAGACAAUUCAGAAAUCAGUUUGGAUGAAGAAUAUCUAAAUAGAGAAGAUUAUGAAGAACAUACAGAUGACAUUACAUAUGAAGAUCUAGGAGGAAUGAAAAAGCAAUUAAACAAAAUACGAGAGUUAAUCGAAUUACCUUUAAAAUAUCCAGAAAUUUUUAUAAGUAUAGGAAUAUCUGCACCAAAAGGAGUACUUAUGCAUGGAAUUCCAGGAACUGGAAAAACUUCCAUAGCCAAAGCAAUUGCAAAUGAAAGUAAUGCAUAUUGUUACAUUAUUAAUGGCCCAGAAAUUAUGUCUAAACAUAUUGGAGAAUCUGAACAAAAAUUGAGAAAAAUUUUUAAAAAAGCUAGUGAAAAAACUCCUUGUAUUAUAUUUAUUGAUGAAAUUGAUUCCAUUGCAAAUAAGAGAAGCAAAAGUAAUAACGAAUUAGAAAAAAGAGUUGUCUCACAAUUGUUAACAUUAAUGGAUGGACUCAAAAAAAAUAAUAACGUUCUAGUUCUAGCUGCUACAAAUAGACCAAAUUCUAUCGAUCCAGCUUUGAGAAGAUUUGGAAGAUUUGACAGAGAAAUUGAAAUUCCAGUUCCAGAUGAGCAAGGGAGAUAUGAAAUAUUACUAACCAAGACCAAGAAAAUGAAACUUGAUGCAGAUGUCAAUUUGAGAAAAAUUGCCAAAGAAUGUCAUGGAUAUGUCGGUGCAGAUCUUGCACAAUUAUGUUUCGAAGCUGCCAUUCAGUGUAUAAAGGAACAUAUCCAUUUUUUGGAUCUAGAAGAGGAGGAUUUUAUUGAGUUUAUGAAAAUAAGUGUAGAUGAUUGGAAAGGAGAAAAUGAAGAAACGCAAAGAGGACAAGGGGAAUCUGUACUAAAUCAGAAAAACUCCAAUCCAGAAUCGAUAGAUGCUGCAAUAACAGCGCAUGUGGGACCAUUGCAUGCAGGCACGUCCACGAAUAUGCAGACAAAAAAUUUCCUCCCAUUCAGAGACAGAAGAAAGGAAAUUUCUGAAAGUAACGUAAGUGAAAAAAAGGGAAAAAAUUUUUUCUUCAAAUCGAAACAGAAAAGAAAAGAGAUAGUAGCAGUAGAUACAUGGACAAAAGCGGAGAAGUUAACCAACAAACCGGGGGAAAAGGGAUCACAGUUGAAGGAAAAUAUCAAAAAUAAAAGUGAAGAAAAAUUAGAUAGUAAAGGCAAAAAGAUUCCGUCCUAUAUAUUAAACAAAUUAACAAUCAAAGCAAAGCAUUUCCAACACGCACUGAACAUAUGUAACCCAAGUUCACUACGAGAAAGACAAGUACAAAUUCCAACAGUUACAUGGGAUGAUAUUGGAGGUAUGCAAGAUGUGAAGGAACAAUUAAAAGAAACAAUUCUUUACCCAUUAGAAUACAAACAUUUGUAUAAUAAAUUUAAUUCCAAUUAUAAUAAAGGGAUAUUAUUAUAUGGGCCUCCUGGUUGUGGAAAAACUUUGCUAGCCAAAGCCAUUGCAAAUGAAUGUAAUGCCAAUUUUAUUUCUGUUAAGGGACCCGAAUUAUUGACUAUGUGGUUUGGUGAAUCAGAGGCAAAUGUUAGAGAUCUUUUUGAUAAAGCACGUGCUGCAUCUCCAUGUAUAAUAUUUUUUGAUGAAAUUGAUUCCUUGGCUAAGGAACGUAACAGUAAUAACAAUAACGAUGCUAGUGACAGGGUUAUAAAUCAGAUACUAACGGAAAUCGAUGGAAUAAACGAAAAAAAAACAAUUUUUAUAAUUGCAGCUACUAACAGACCAGAUAUACUUGAUAAAGCAUUAACAAGACCUGGAAGAUUGGACAAACUUAUAUAUAUUUCUUUACCAGACUAUAAAAGUAGGUAUAGUAUUUUCAAGGCAAUUUUGAAAAAUACACCCUUGAAUGAUGAUGUUGACAUACAUGAUAUGGCAAAACGGACCGAAGGAUUCUCCGGUGCUGACAUAACAAAUCUUUGUCAAAGUGCUGUUAAUGAAGCAAUUAAAGAAACAAUUCAUUUGCUUAACCUUAGAAAGAAGAGCAAGGGAAAUUCACAUACACGCACAGGUGGGGCUGUCACUGAUCCCCAUGACCCAGUACCCACUCUCUCGAAGAAGCAUUUCGAUUUGGCUUUCAAAAAUGCCCGUAUUUCUAUACAACCUGAGGAUGUACUAAAAUACGAGCGCUUCAAGGAAAAACUUUCCCUCCAAAGUUUUGAAUAA